AUUAAUCUAGUAACAAUAACCGAUUUUAUAGAGAACCUGCAAGAAUUUAAUAAACGAUAUUAUUUUAGACGAUGUCUAUAUCGAAUCUUAUCUUUCCGUUACGUUAUGAGUUUCGUUAUUUAAUUUAACUAAUUUUCAGCAAUGGUUGAUAUUGCAGCAAAAUCUUCUCCUUGCUGUCUCUUCUCGACAAUAGGCAUCGCCAUCACUGGCUACUUAGCUCUAAGAUUACUAUUCUCAAUUUGGAAUGGCUUGAAAGCUUACGUUUUAAGUAGUGAAAUCAAUUUUCGAAAACUAGGAGAAUGGGCCGUUGUAACGGGAGCAACCGAUGGAAUUGGAAAAUGUUAUGCUUUUGAGUUUGCCAAACGUGGAUUGAAUAUAUGCCUGAUUAGUCGAACUCCAAAGAAACUUGAGGAAGUUGCAGCAGAAAUUGAAAAAACACAUAACGUUAAAACCAAGACAGUUGCCGUUGAUUUUACAGCAGGCAAUGAAAUUUAUGAUAAAAUUGAAAGAGAAACACAAGGACUUGAUGUUGGAGUUCUGGUCAACAAUGUUGGAAUGUCUUAUGAAUAUCCACAGUUUAUGGCUGAAAUGGAUGAUUCGAAAAAUGUAUUACAAAAAUUACUUUUGGCUAACUGUAUGUCAAUUCUUCAAGUUACAAAUAUUUUCCUUAAAACUAUGGUUGAAAAGAAAAAGGGCGCAAUAAUUAACUUAUCUUCUGCUUCUGCUAAUGAUCCAACACCUUUGUUGACAGCCUAUUCAGCUUGCAAGUCGUUCGUUAACUUUUUCUCUCAGGGUCUUGAACAGGAAGUUUCCAAGUCUAAUGUUAUUGUACAAUCGGUCUUACCAUACUUUGUUCAAACUAAAAUGACUGGAAUUAAGAGACCUAGCCUUUUUGUCCCUUCACCAACGGCAUAUGUAAAAUCAGCACUAAGAACAGUUGGCGUAGAAGAUGUUACAUUUGGUUAUUGGUCUCAUGCUUUGUUGGGAUAUUUCCAGACCAUGGCUCCAGACUUCUUCGCAAAGAAACAAGUAAUGGGAAAAAUGUUAGCAGCAAGAAAAUCAGCUCUAAGAAGAAAGGAAAAAUCUAAGCAGAAUUAAAUAUUCCGUUAUGUGUUUUCAUGUUCGUUUUUUUUCGAUACUUAAACAUUUGGCCAAUGAAUGUUAAUUCAAUAACAAUUUGCUGAUAGAUUAAUAAAUCUUUUAGAUGAAGAAAAGAAUAAAGUUUUCAAAGAGGUGACAUAUUAACAAUGCUCUUUAUUAAUAUCUACAAUAUGAUGUAUUAUAAUAUAUUAAUUAAACUUUUAGCGUUUCAAUUCGCAAUUGAUAAUUACUAUUUAUUUGAAGGGAAAAUCUUAUACAUUAACAGCAUCAAUAUUCCUUUGACCAAACUGUAAUAUUUAAUUUAUCGGUCUUUGUUACGAGCUAAUAGAAAGUUGAAUUUUUUAGCAGAAC